UUUUGACUAUUUAUUAUUCCAACGAGCUUUUUUUUUUGCUUUAAUGAAACAACAACAAGAUGAGCCGAGAUUAGAAGUCGUUCCAGAUCACAUUGAUUUUGCUGCAGAGGAACGCAAAAUUCUUCAAAAAUGGCGAGACAAGAACACCUUUCAAACCUCUCUAGACCCCAUUACACAUUUUAUGACGGCCCUCCUUUUGCUACUGGACUUCCACACUAUGGGCAUAUUUUGGCAGGCACAAUAAAAGACAUUGUUACUCGUUGGGCACACCAAAGUGGUUUUUAUGUUGAAAGACGUUUUGGAUGGGAUACGCAUGGGUUGCCAGUGGAGUACGAAGUAGACAAAAUUUUGGGCGUCAAAGGGCCUAGUGAUGUUUUGGAUAUGGGAAUUGGUGUUUACAAUGCUAAAUGCAGAGGUAUUGUAAUGAGAUAUGCUGAAGAAUGGCAACAUAUGGUUGAGAGGACUGGACGUUGGAUAGAUUUUGAUAAUGACUACAAAACUCUUUACCCCUGGUUUAUGGAGUCUGUUUGGUGGGUCUUUUCACAACUUUUCAAAAAGAAUUUUGUUUAUCGCGGAGUGAAGGUUAUGCCGUUUUCUACGGGCUGUUCAACUCCUCUUUCCAAUUUUGAGGCUGGCCAAAAUUAUCAGGAUGUUGUUGAUCCGUCAGUUUUUGUCGCUUUCCCCCUCGUUGAAAAUUCGAAUCGUUCUUUUGUUGCUUGGACUACAACUCCUUGGACUUUACCCAGCAAUUUAGCUUUAUGUGUAAAUCCAAAUCUUGUUUAUGCUGUUAUUUUGGAUGUCAAAACUCAAAAAGAAUACAUUAUGCUAAAAGAACGUCUUUCUGAACUUUACAAAUCGGCAAAUUUAUAUAAAAUAAUUGAGACAAUCAAAGGAAGUGAACUUGCCGGCAAGGAGUAUAUUCCUCCGUUUCCCUAUUUUUUGAAUUUAAAAGAAACUGGAAGAAAAGUAUUUGUUGUUGUUACAAAUAAUUAUGUGAAAACUGAUCAGGGAACGGGAAUUGUUCAUCAGGCGCCGUAUUUUGGAGAGGAAGACCACAAAACAUGUUUAGAACACGGAGUCAUUACAAAAGAUGCAGAGAUGACCUGCCCUGUUAAUGAAAAGGGAAUUUUUACAGAUGAAGUUGUUGACUUUAAAGGAUUAUAUGUAAAAGAUGCUGACAAACAAAUAAUUAAAAUGUUGAAAGAAAAGGGUUUAUUAUUAAAACAGGAGCAAUACAAGCAUAGUUAUCCAUUUUGUUAUAGAUCACAUACUCCUUUAAUUUACAAGGCUGUCCCGUCUUGGUUUAUUAGAGUGGAAUCACUUGUUGAACAAUUAUUGUUGAAUAAUGAGAAGACUAGAUGGGUCCCUUCCUUCGUUCGAGACAAACGUUUUGCAAAUUGGUUGCGUGAUGCAAGAGACUGGGCUGUCAGUAGAAAUCGUUUCUGGGGGACACCAAUCAAUUUGUGGGUUAGUGAAGAUCAUACAGAAAUUGUUUGUCCUGGUUCAAUUGCAGAACUUGAAGAGCUUACUGGUACUAAAAUAACGGAUUUACAUCGAGAAAAUAUUGAUGAUUUAACAAUUCCUUCAAAAAUAAAAGGGAAUGGACCUUUGAAACGUGUUUGUGAAGUUUUUGAUUGUUGGUUUGAAUCAGGCUCUAUGCCUUAUGCCCAGCAACAUUAUCCGUUUGAAAAUUCUGAAGUUUUUGAAAAUAAUUUUCCUGCUGAUUUUAUCGCUGAAGGUAUUGACCAAACUCGUGGUUGGUUUUAUACUUUAUUGGUCAUUUCAACAGCUCUUUUCAAUCGUCCUCCAUUCAAAAAUUUAAUUUGUAACGGUUUAGUGUUAGCUUCAGAUGGAAAUAAAAUGUCUAAAAGUAAAAAGAAUUAUCCUGAUCCAAUGGAAAUUGUUGAGAAAUAUGGGGCAGAUGCUCUUCGACUUUAUUUAAUUAAUUCGCCUGUUGUUAGAGGUGAAAAUUUGCGUUUUCAAGAAGAAGGUGUAGCAGAGGUAGUUAAACAAGUUCUUGGUCCGUGGUUAAAUGCUUACAAAUUUGUUAGUUUGGCAAUUAAUAAAUAUGAAGCGGAAUCAGGCAAUCAAUUUGUUUUAUACAAAAAAGGCUUUACCAAUUUAAUGGAUCAAUGGAUAUUGUCUUUUACCAAUAGCCUUGUAGCUUUUGUCAGUAAAGAAAUGAAAGAAUAUCGUUUAUACACAGUUGUUUCUCCUCUUGUAAAUUAUUUUGAUACACUUACAAACACUUAUAUACGUCUAAAUCGAAGCCGAAUCAAAGGAACGACUAAAGAAAAUUCUAAAGAAGAUCAAUUGUUUGCAAUGUCAACUGUUGUUCAUGUUAUUUUACAAAUUACUCGGUUGAUGGCGCCUUUUACUCCUUUUUUCUCGGAAUAUAUGUGGCAGAAAUUGAGAAAAUUGACUGACUCAGAAAAUGAAGAUUCUGUCCAUUUUACUCAACUACCCAUCCCUGAAGACCAAUUUAUUGAUGAAAAUUUGGAAAGGCAAGUGGCUGCAAUGAGAAGUAUAAUUGAAAUUAUAAGAACGUUGAGAGAUAGAAAAGCUAUUGCUGUUAAGUAUCCAUUGAAAGAAGUUAUUGUUGUAAACAGGGAUUCUCAAUUUCUCGAAGACGUAAAACUUCUGGAGAAUUAUAUACUUUCCGAAAUGAAUGUAAUUAAAUUAACUACUUCAAGUAAUCGUCAAGAAUAUGGUGUUAAUUUAAAAGCGGAGCCAAAUUUUAGAUUACUUGGUGCUCGUUUAAAAGGAGAUCAGAAAGCUGUGACGGAUUAUUUGAAGAAUAAAAUAUCGGAGGACGAAUUGGAAACAUUUUUGGACGAUGGAAAAAUUGUUGUUUUGGGGCAUGAAUUGUCUUGUGAAGAAUUGACCGUCUCAUUUACUACAAAUAAGGAGAAGGAUAAUGAGGGUGAUAAUCAAUGGGAAACGGCAACUAAAGGAAAGUGCGUUGUUAUGAUAAAUACAAGUGAAGAUGAAAAUAUUUUGGCAAUGGGACUUUCUAGAGAAGUGGCAAACAGAAUACAAAAGUUGCGGAAAAAGGGAAAAUUAUUAGAAACAGACAAAGCACUAGUUUAUUGUUUUGUAACACCCAAAGAUUCUUUACUGGCAAAAUCGCUCAAUGACAAUUAUAAAAAUAUUGAGCAAAGUACUGGGACGCCGUUAAAGUUAGAAGAGUGUAAUUUUCAAAAUAAGGAUGGAUUUAUUGCUGAAAGUUGUGAUCAAAUUAAAGGGGCGCAAUUGGAGUUAAAAUUGUUGAGACUUUCAAAUUGA